AUGUCGAUCGGCAACAAGUCCUUCAUACAGGCUCCAGCGCCUUGGACCUGCAAAUGCGAAGUGUAUUGGAUGAUGUUCAGUGGUGGUGAGACGCUACCGGACAACGUCUAUGCGCCUUUGGAAGCCCAAUCCGCUUCCUUCUCGCAUCUUCAGGAAGCAGGAAGAUUUAGAGGAGGGGUGGGGAUGAUUCAGAUAGUACGAUACUCAGACACGCCAGUAGGGAGUUACGAUGAGUUAGUGCUUCUUCCAGGCUCCUUCGACCUGCCUGGCUCUACCAAGAAGUAUAGUCGGAUCACGAGGAUCUAUGUCAGUCAAAAAGAGACCUGCUACAAUGGUCGGAAGAACUGGGGGAUCCCUAAACACCUGGCGCGGUUUUCUUUCUCGCGUCAGUCCGGACCUACCGCGACUACGGGAUCGUUGAAGGUUGAGGUAUUCCCACCUACCGAAUCUGCAACGAUACCGUUCCUCGUGGUGCAACUGAAAUCGAUUCGCUGGGUGCCCUCAAUGCCCUUCUCCACAAAGAUCAUGCCGUACGUGGGCCUCGACGCUCAUCUGGUGCAACCACCGGUGCCGGCAAGUGAGCAAGCUGGCGAGGAGGAGCUGACUAGUAGCAACGGUUGGCUCAAGACUCUCACUUAUUUAUACAGCCCAAAUUCCAGCCUUGUUUGGGUUGACGUGCAACAGCCAGCGGGCAAGGGGGAUCCAUCACACGAUAUCGGGACUACUCAGGGGUGGUGGCCAGCGAUCAAGCCUUGGACCAUCGGUUUAUGGUUGAGAGAUGCCACAUUGGUAGUCGAGACACCGGAGAAGAUAACGGUGAACUCACCGGACAGAUGA